AGGUUGUGAUGAAGACGCAGUUCCGGGACCCGCACGGCCUGCUCAACUCGCUGCAGAGCGUGGCCCAGCACGAGGACGUGUUCUACACGCUUCUGGACGCGGCCGAGAGCUUCGACACGUGCAUGAUCCGGCGGUCCCAGUUCCUGACGGAGACGCAGCGCGGCCUCCUCAUGCAGCUGGCCACCUCCCCCCUGCCGCUGACGCAGCAGGUGCGCCUGUACCUGCGCCGGCUCCUAGGCGCCCGGCUGCCCGAACUGGCCCCCCACCUGCCGCUGCCCAAGCUGCUCCAGCAGUACCUCACCUACGGGAUCAGCUAGCCCCGCGGGACCGGGGCAACUCAAGUAUGUACUGGAAACUUAUUGUGAUAAAAUUGAAAAAUUCUGGCAGGGCUAGUGUGGCCAGAGGCAUGCAAACGUUGUGUUCGACAGAACACUGCAAUGUGAUGUGUAAACCUAAUGCACCACCAGACCAGAUUAUCAUCGUUAAUUUUGUACCUAAAGUAGAUUGUUAGUUUUAAGUUCAAUACAUGGUAUAGUGAUAUGCAGACUAUUUUUUUAUCUUUGUAUGCGGCAGUAUGACUUGUAUUUUUGUAUGGUGUCAAGUAAAAGCUUGCUAAAGAGAAGUAAUGGUGUACAAGACAAAUAUCUUAAGUUCCCAGCAAUGAGUCAAAGUCAAACCGAUCAAUUUUGUCUUUUUUUUACCUUUCAAAGUUGUCUUAGUCCAAUAAAACUAAUUAAUGAA